AGUGGGGCUCCACUCUGGGAGGGGGCAGCCUUGCUGGAUCCAGGGGAGAUGGUUGAGCAGCCCCAGCUCUGCUUUCCCAGAGCUGCCGGGAACCCCGGGAAUGGUGCGGAGAUUCCUGGGAGUCCUGCCCCCACCUGCGACCACAGUGCAGCAGGCACCAAGUUCUCCUGCACAUUGGGACAGUGUGACCCUGGGCUCUGGCGGGUGGCAGGCAGGGGCCUUUGGACCUACCGGCAGUGAGGGAGUUAACACAGCAGCUGGCUCCUCUAGGCAAGGAAAACUCCCCUCAGAUGCUUUGCUGCCUGGCCUCCUGCCAGGAACAAGCAGGAGCUGAAAACUAGAAGUUGAGGCGUGAGUUUGGCCACUCUGUAGUGUGCAUUUAGGGAGGGCAGCAGCACGUCACAGCCGCCAGCCGCAAGCCAUCCGUCCAUUCACUCAUCUGUCCAUCUGGCAGCCCGCUGUUCAGACCUAUCUGUCUGUCCACCCAUCUGUAAGCCUGUCUCUGUCCCAUUGUCUAUCUGACCAUCUUUCUCUUACUGUCCUCUUCGUCCAGCAAUCUGGCCUGUCUGUUGAUCCAUCUUCGUGUCUGUCUGUGGCCCCACCUGUUUGUCCAUCUGUCCAAUUAUCUGUGAGUCUAUCUGUGCAUCUUCUUGUCCAUCCAUCUGCCCACCCAUCUGUCCCUGUGUCUACUCACCGGCCUCCCCUCUCCUCCUGGGCUGCAGAGCCAUGGCCCGGGGCUGUGGGGCCACUGUCGGCCUAGCCCUGCUGGGGCUGGGGCUGGGGCUGGCGCUGGCUGUCAUUGUGCUGGCUGUGGUCCUCUCUCGCCACCAAGCCCCCUGCGGCCCCCAGGCCUUUGCCCACGCUGCUGUUGCUGCCGACUCCAAGGUUUGCUCGGAUAUUGGACGAGCCAUCCUCCAGCAGCAGGGCUCACCAGUGGACGCCACCAUCGCGGCUCUGGUCUGCACCAGCGUCGUCAACCCUCAGAGCAUGGGCCUGGGCGGAGGGGUCAUCUUCACCAUCUACAAUGUGACAACAGGGAAGGUGGAGGUCAUCAAUGCCCGGGAGACAGUGCCAGCCCGCCACGCCCCGAGCCUGCUGGACCGGUGUGCACAGGCUCUGCCGCUGGGUAGAGGGGCCCAGUGGAUCGGGGUGCCUGGGGAGCUCCGUGGCUAUGCCGAGGCCCACCGCCGCCAUGGCCGCCUGCCCUGGGCGCAGCUGUUCCAGCCCACCAUCGCCCUUCUCCGAGGGGGGCACGUGGUGGCCCCCGUCCUCAGCCAGUUCCUGCACAACGGCUUCCUGCGGCCUUCCUUGCAGGCAUCAACCCUGCGCCAGCUCUUCUUCAACGGGACAGAACCCCUGAGGCCUCAGGACCCACUCCCAUGGCCUGCGCUGGCCACCACCCUGGAGACCGUGGCCACAGAGGGUGCGGAGGUCUUCUACACGGGGAGGCUGGGCCAGAUGCUGGUGGAGGACAUUGCCAAGGAAGGGAGCCAGCUGACGCUGCAGGACCUGGCCAAGUUCCAGCCCGAGGUAGUGGACGCCCUGGAGGUGCCCCUGGGGGACUAUACCCUGUACUCACCACCGCCACCUGCAGGGGGUGCCAUUCUCAGCUUCAUCCUCAAUGUGCUAAGAGGGUUCAACUUCUCAGCAGAGUCUGUGGCCAGGCCUGAGGGGAGGGUGAACAUGUACCACCACCUUGUGGAGACGCUCAAGUUUGCCAGGGGGCAGAGGUGGAGGCUGGGGGACCCUCGCAGCCACCCGAAGCUCCAGAAUGCCUCCCAGGACCUGCUGGGGGAGACCCUGGCCCAGCUCAUCCGCCAACAGAUCGAUGGCCGGGGGGACCACCAGCUCAGCCACUACAGCUUGGCCGAGGCCUGGGGCCACGGGACAGGCACAUCCCACGUGUCUGUGCUGGGGGAGGAUGGCAGCGCCGUGGCUGCCACCAGCACCAUCAACACACCCUUUGGAGCGAUGGUGUAUUCACCACGGACAGGCAUCAUCCUCAACAACGAGCUUCUGGACUUAUGCGAGCGAUGCCCCCGGGGUUCCGGCACUACCCGCUCACCUGCAGUGAAUGGAGACAGGGUGGGUGGAGCUCCCGGAAGGUGCUGGCCCCCAGUUCCAGGCGAGCGGUCCCCGUCCUCCAUGGUGCCCUCCAUCCUGAUCAGCAAAGCCCAGGGGUCGAAGCUAGUGAUUGGCGGGGCUGGUGGGGAGCUCAUCAUCUCUGCCGUGGCCCAGGCCAUCAUGAACAAGCUGUGGCUUGGCUUUGACCUGAGAGCGGCCAUUGCAGCCCCCAUCCUGCAUGUCAACAGUAAGGGCCAUGUGGAGUACGAGCCCAGCUUCAGCCAGGAGGUACAGAGGGGACUCCAAGACCGUGGCCAGAACCAGACCCAGAGGUCCUUCUUCUUGAACGUGGUCCAGGCCGUGUCCCAGGAGGGGGCCUGUGUGUAUGCCGUCUCGGACCUGAGGAAGGGUGGGGAGGCCGCAGGCUACUAAGACACUGCUCUGCCCAGAGCUGAAGUCCGGCCCCACCAUGGGUCCUAUGUCCAGGCUGGACAUGGCUGGGGGACCAAGUACUCCGGCAGGAUCUGGACCCCUGGCAGGGGAGUCCAGCUGAGAGUGGAAGAGGUGGCAGGGACCAGCUGGGCAGAUGGGAGGCUGAGCCCCGUCCCUGACCCCCUUUCCCAGAGCCCCUGGUGGCCCUGAACUGGCCCCUCUAUCCCUCCGCAGGCCUCUUGCCUGGGGCCACUUUCCCACCCACUCAACCUGUAUAUCCUCCAGUUCAAGAUUAAAGAAGAGGCGGACUGUGGCCUGA